AUGCCUUAUCCAUCCAUUGUGCAACAAGUUGGCGUGCCUCAUGGUACUGCCAGCCGACCUACACAUUCCCUGUCUCUCAGGGCAAGUACCUCGUUGAGAAACACAAGCAAUGGCCUCUGGGACAUUCUUAACGAUCUCUGGCAUCUGGAGAGCAACCCUCACGGCUAUGUCACACUCGGGGUUGCAGACAAUGCACUGAUGCAAGAACGUCUACUACAUUGCAUGAACAGCAACUUCGAUCUUCCCGGACAGCACCUUUUAUUGAACGACACCAUCACGGGGUCUGUUCGGCUGAAAACUGCCAUCGCUCGCUUUCUCACUCGUUAUCUCAGUCCAGCAAAAGCGCUUAAGCCGUCGCAGAUAGUUGCCGCCAAUGGGGUUUCAUCUGCAACCGAGCAUUGCUCCUGGGCUUUGUGUGACCCGGGUGAAGGGAUGCUGGUAGGGCGCCCGUAUUAUCGAGGUUUCAACAGAGAUGUUUGCCUGCAGCCAGGGGCUAAGCUCGUUCCAGUCAGCUUCGACGAGGUAGAUCCUGUCAGUGUUUCUGCUGUGUCUAAAUACGAAAAAGCCAUCAUAAGUUCCCGUGAGCAUGGCUGUACUAUACGAGCCAUUAUGCUCUGCAACCCGCACAACCCCUACUUUCCCCUUGGGUCAAUGCAAUUCUGGUCAUUCCUUGUGGAACUGAUGAAGCUUUGUCAAAAACAUGGCGUUCAUCUGAUCAGCGAUGAGAUAUAUGCUCUGUCAGUUUGGAGAUAUGGUCAGGACGGGGCAACGCGCAUGGAAGGAUUUACUUCAGUGCUUUCCAUUGACCAUGAGGGACUGAUCGACCCGAAGCUUGUUCAUGUGCUUUGGGGUGUUAGUAAGGAUUUUGGCGCAAAUGGAGUGCGACUAGGUGUGAUUAUUUCCCAAGACAACGGCGACUUGCUUGAAUCGACCCGAGGGGUAGGCCAGUUUAGCUCGAUUUCUGGCUUCGCAGACUAUCUGACGACAACCAUUCUCGAAGAUGAAGAGUUCGUGGACCGAUAUAUUGAGGAAAACCAUGAGAAGCUUGCUGCAGCUUACAACUAUGUUGUCACAUAUCUGGAUGACCACAGAAUACGCUAUGCAAGAGGAUCGAACGCGGGGUUCUUUGUCUGGUGCGAUCUAUUAACAGCUUAUUUGAGAAUCCAAGCAAACGGUCCACCUGAUGACAGCGACUCUGCAAAGUGGAACAGAAGUAGGGAGCUGGCAGGAAAGUUGGCGCAGCAUAAAGUGCACCUUGGAGUUGGCGAUGACUUUGGUAGUGAGCAGCCCGGAUGGUUCCGUAUUACCUUUUCGCAACACCGUGCCCAGCUCGAUGAGGGAUUGAAACGGAUUGUUAAAGCCCUUCAUUCUUGA